GCCAUGGGGUCCGAGGAUCACGGGGCCCAGAACCCAAGUUGUAAAAUCAUGACGUUUCGCCCAACGAUGGAGGAGUUUAAGGACUUCAACAAAUACGUGGCCUACAUCGAGUCCCAGGGGGCCCACCGGGCAGGCCUGGCCAAGAUCAUCCCCCCGAAGGAGUGGAAGCCACGGCAGACGUACGACGACAUUGACGACGUGGUCAUCCCGGCGCCCAUCCAGCAGGUGGUGACGGGCCAGUCGGGCCUCUUCACGCAGUAUAACAUCCAGAAGAAGGCCAUGACGGUUGGGGAGUACCGGCGCCUGGCCAACAGCGAGAAGUACUGCACCCCCCGGCACCAGGACUUCGAUGACCUGGAGCGCAAGUACUGGAAGAACCUCACCUUCGUGUCGCCCAUCUAUGGGGCUGACAUCAGUGGCUCCUUGUAUGAUGACGACGUGGCCCAGUGGAACAUCGGGAACCUGCGGACCAUCCUGGACAUGGUGGAGCGCGAGUGCGGCACCAUCAUCGAGGGCGUCAACACCCCCUACCUGUACUUCGGCAUGUGGAAGACCACCUUCGCCUGGCACACGGAGGACAUGGACCUGUACAGCAUCAACUACCUGCACUUCGGGGAGCCCAAGUCCUGGUACGCCAUCCCCCCAGAGCACGGCAAGCGCCUGGAGCGUCUGGCAAUCGGCUUCUUCCCCGGGAGCUCCCAGGGCUGCGACGCUUUCCUUCGGCACAAGAUGACCCUCAUCUCGCCCAUCAUCCUCAAGAAGUAUGGGAUCCCAUUCAGCCGGAUCACACAAGAGGCUGGGGAGUUCAUGAUCACGUUCCCCUACGGCUACCACGCCGGAUUCAACCACGGAUUCAACUGCGCGGAAUCUACCAACUUUGCCACCCUGCGGUGGAUUGAUUACGGCAAGGUGGCCACUCAGUGCACAUGCCGGAAGGACAUGGUCAAGAUCUCCAUGGACGUCUUUGUGCGCAUCCUGCAGCCGGAGCGCUACGAGCUGUGGAAGCAGGGCAAGGACCUCACGGUGUUGGACCACACACGGCCCACGGCCCUGAGCAGCCCCGAGCUGAGCACCUGGAGCGCCUCCCGGGCCUCACUCAAGGCCAAGCUCCUGCGCAGGUCUCACCGGAAGCGGAGCCAGCCCAAGAAGCCCAAGCCGGACGACCCCAAGUCUCCUGGCGAGGGGGCAGCUGGGACGGCCCUCCUGGACGAGGCUGGUGGCGGCAUGAAGGAGGAGGCCACACCAGAGGCCGACCCCGAGGAGGAGGAGGAAGAAUCCCAGCCGCUGCUGCAGGGCCGGGAGGCCGAGGGCUCCGAAGAGGACGGGAGGGCCAAGCUGCGGCCGGCCAAGGCCAAGAGCGACCGGAAGAAGAAGGGCUCCGGCCCCGCGCCCCUGCCCCACCCGCUCGCGCCGCCGCCGCCGCCGCCCGCCCAGCUCCCCACCGCGGGGGCGCCCCUGCUAGAGCUCCCGGCACCGGCCACCGGCCCCGAGGCCGCCGAGGAGAGCCCCGCGCCACCGCCUCUCAGCGUGGUGCCCCCCGAAGCACCCAGCGAGGAGCCAGAGGUGAAGCCGCGACCCAUCAUCCCCAUGCUGUUCGUGGUGCCGCGGCCUGGCCCGGCGGCAGGCGACACGGGCCGCGCGUCCUGCCAGCAGGCCUCUGAGCACUUCGCCCAGCAGGGCCCCAGCUGGAAGGAGCAGGCGGCCCCCAUGGAGCUGACGGGGCCCGAGGACGAGAGCGGGGCCGGCGAGGCGCAGGUAGGGGCGGCUCCGUCGACCUUUUCCAAGUUGAAGAUGGAGAUCAAGAAGAGCCGGCGCCACCCUCUGGGCAGGCCACCCACCCGGUCCCCGCUGUCUGUGGUCAAGCAGGAGGCCUCAAGUGACGAGGAAGCCUUCCCUUUCUCUGGGGACGAGGACGUGGGUGACCCCGAGGCCUUGAGGUCUUUGCUGUCCCUGCAGUGGAAGAACAAGGCGGCCAGCUUCCAGGCUGAGAGGAAGUUCAACGCGGCGGCCGCCCUGACGGAGCCCUACUGUGCCAUCUGCACCCUCUUCUACCCAUACAGCCAGUCCCUACAGACCGAGAAGGAGACUCCCCAGGCCUCCCUCGGGGAGGGCCCCUCGGCCACACCGCCUUCCAAAAGCGGUCAGAAGACGCGGCCGCUGAUCCCCGAGAUGUGCUUCACCUCCAGUGGGGAGAACACAGAGCCGCUCCCCGCCAAUUCCUACAUUGGCGACGACGGGACCAGCCUGCUGAUCUCCUGUGCUAAGUGCUGCCUGCGGGUCCAUGCCAGUUGCUACGGCAUCCGCCCAGAGCUGGUCAACGAGGGCUGGACGUGUUCCCGGUGUGCGGCCCACGCCUGGACUGCGGAGUGCUGCCUGUGCAACCUCCGGGGAGGCGCCCUGCAGAUGACGACUGACAGGAGGUGGAUCCACGUCAUCUGCGCCAUCGCCGUCCCGGAAGUGCGGUUCCUGAACGUGAUGGAGCGCCACCCCGUGGACAUCAGCGCCAUCCCCGAGCAGCGGUGGAAGCUGAAAUGUGUGUACUGCCGGAAGCGGAUAAAGAAGGUGUCGGGCGCCUGCAUCCAGUGCUCCUGCGAGCACUGCUCCACCUCCUUCCACGUGACCUGCGCCCACGCCGCUGGCGUCCUCAUGGAGCCAGACGACUGGCCCUACGUUGUCUCCAUCACCUGCUUCAAGCACAAGUCGGGGGGUCACACUGUCCACAUCCUGAGGGCCGUGUCCUUAGGGCAGGUGGUCAUCACCAAGAACCGCAACGGGCUUUACUACCGGUGCCGCGUUAUCGGCACCACCACGCAGACCUUUUACGAAGUGAACUUUGACGACGGGUCUUACAGCGAUAACCUGUACCCAGAGAGCAUCACCAGUAGAGACUGUGCCCGGCUGGGUCCCCCGCCUGAGGGCGAGUUUGUUGAGCUCCGGUGGACUGAUGGCAACAUCUACAGGGCCAAGUUCAUUUCCUCUGUGACCAGUCACAUCUACCAGGUGGAGUUCGAGGAUGGGUCCCAGCUGACGGUGAAGCGUGGUGACAUCUUCACCCUGGACGAGGAGCUCCCCAAGAGGGUCCGGUCCCGGCUGUCGGUCACCACGGGGGCCCCGCAGGAAAAUGUCUUCUCGGGAGAAGAGGUGAAGGCCGCCAAGCGCCCGCGGGUGGGCACCCCUCGCGCCGCGGAGGACUCGGGGCGGAACCCAGACUACCCGGCCUUCAUGGAGAGCCUCCUGCAGGCGCAGUGCUGGCCCGGAGCCCCGUUCUAG